GCGCUGCCUCAGGCCAGAGUCCUCACAAGGCGUUGUGUACGACUCGUCUUGCUCAUCAUGUCUGGCCGCGGCAAAGGCGGGAAGGGUCUUGGCAAAGGCGGCGCUAAGCGCCACCGCAAGGUGCUGCGUGACAACAUCCAGGGCAUCACCAAGCCGGCCAUCCGGCGCCUUGCCCGCCGCGGCGGCGUGAAGCGCAUCUCUGGCCUCAUCUACGAGGAGACCCGUGGGGUGCUGAAAGUCUUCCUGGAGAACGUGAUCCGGGACGCUGUGACCUACACGGAGCAUGCCAAGCGCAAGACGGUCACCGCCAUGGAUGUGGUUUACGCGCUGAAGCGCCAGGGUCGCACCCUCUACGGUUUCGGCGGUUAAGCGUCCUAGUCUACCAAGAAAAGGCCCUUUUCAGGGCCCCC